UUAGAAUGCGUCACACCGACAUUCUAAUGUAAAAAGAAAAACAGAAUAAUUUAACUUAAGACUAGGCUGUAUGGGCAUUGUUCCCGUUGCCUUCCCUGAAAAGGGAGAACUUAACCAAUAAAAUAAAUAAAAAAAAACGUCAUACGACAUUAAAACUCAUUCACACAAAUAAAGGGUAGUAAUUUUUGGACUUAUAGUAUACUCAUAUAUAGUAUCAAAGUAGUCUGUGCUUGUCACGGCCGAAACUACAAUUGUACAGUUGAAUUUUAAUUUUGUAAGAAAUAUUGUUUGUUAUAUUUUCAAGUUUACUUAUUGUUGGUCAAUGUCAGGAUAUCUUUGGGGCAUAGGGCAACUCGUAAAUGACCCAUCGGCGCAUUUAAUUGAUGCCAUACAAAAGCAUAUUUUGAAAAAACAUGCACCAACCGUGACCAAUGAAGAUGGUUCCAAUAAUCCAUGUGCCAAACCAUCGUGUAGCUUUACAAAAACAAGUAGUAGAAAUUUAGAUGGUAAAAAAAAAACCGGAUGUGGUCUGUCAGCUGUGCCAAAUAGCAGCAAAUUAACGGAACCCAAAACUAAAUCAACAGUCACUCAAGUAGGGAACGGUCCAGUAAAACGUCGUCAUGUCUCGACCCAAUGCCAAAGAUUAUCAAAAAAGCUUAAUCAAACAACAAGCACCGAACGUGUCGAUUAUUUUGACUGCAGUACUAUCGUCUCUAAUACUAAUAUGGAGAAGAAACAAGAAAUGAAGAACGCUGAAACCAAUACAAUGAAAUACAAUUUUUGUACCCAACACCAAAAGGCGUUAGAAACUUUGAGCGAUUGUUCGGCCAUCAAAAGGUUGCGGUACAAUAAAAAAGUUAAACUUGAUAUUUUGGCGAAAUUGAAAAGCAGAAUCAGUGAUGCCUUUAGUUUCUUUUCUUUGGAAAAAAUUGAAAACGUACCACGUUACAAAGCCGAUGAAAAGUAUUUUUUUAAGCUCUAUAGUAGCUUAAGUCUUGAAAAUAUGCAGGGAGAAAGUUUACAUCAAGUCAGAUAAAAAGGAAAAUAAUAUAACAUAAUGGAAAAUCUCAAUUAACGACAAAUACAACUGACUCGUUACCCACCAGGACCCCACAUAAAUUUCAUUAAACCCUAAAAACAACAAACGCCGUAAGUCUAGAGCCGUGUGGACCUAACUCUCCUAACAAUAUCAAAAAUUAAUAAUUAAGUCUUUGGAGUUUUGCUGUACUCAAUAUCAGUUAUGUUUAUAAUUUUUAUUAUUUUAAAGCAUGUAACUGCUUGAUGUUUAAAUCUAAAGAAAAUAUAACUAGAAAAAACAACAAGCACCGAACCGC